GUAUACACUUGUCUAGCCUUCCACACGCUAGACAACAAACGCGAACCCGCGCCUCCCCCUCUGCUCUGCCUGCGCCCGCCCGCCCGCUCACAGGCGCUGCCAGGCAGUGCCAUUACUGCCCCCACCCGUCUCUCCGGGCCCGAGCACGCCAGGGACACCGGAUUCCUCGUCAUGGCCGGUGACCGCCGCGGCGGCUCGCCCACGGCGGAGCGCCGGCGGGGGAUCCGGCGCCUCCUGCUGCCCCGCGGGGAGGCCUCCUCCUCCUCGUCGUCCUCGGUGCCGUUGCCUCCCCCGGCCGCGGCCGAGGUAGGGCGGAGGAAGGGCUUCGCCGCCGCGGCGCUGCGCGGGCUGGGCUGCACGUCGGCCGCGGCCUCGCAGGCGUACGCGCCAGGGGCGGGCUCCGCGGCUGCGGCGGCCGUGCGGUCCUCGGCCGACUGGCACGGGCGAAGGAAGAAAGGGAAGGACAAGAGGAAGGAGAGGGGAGGGGGAGGGGGAGGUGGAGGCGGCCUUGUGGGCGGAGGGAUCGGCGGCGACGUGUGGUGCGCCCCGGGGAUACCGUUCGCCGCGGAGGCGUCGUCCGUGGACUGCGUGGUGGCGCGCCACCAGAUGCUGGGGAGGGGCCGCGGCGGCGACGCCGAGAGGCCGCACAGAGAGCGGCCCUGCCUGUCCCGGAGGGCGAGCAUGCAGGAGCAGAUGUCCUCGUCCUUCAUGGAGUCGCCGCCGCCGCCGCCGCCGCUGCAUCACUUGGACGGCCCCUUCUUCGGCGCCGACCUGCUCCCCUCCGCGCGCCUCCGCCGGAUGCGCGGCUACCGCCCCUCCCCCGGCGGCCUCGAAGAAGAGAUCAUGAUGUUUCAGACAAGAGUGUUGUUGGGAGGAAUGAAUGUGUAUGAUCGGUACCAGGAUUGGCGCCUCGAUGUCGACAACAUGACUUAUGAGGAGUUGCUUGAGCUUGGAGAAAGAAUAGGACAUGUCAACACAGGGCUACGCGAGGAUGAGAUAGUUCGCAACCUUAGGAAGGUCAAGCCUGAUUCGUCAUUCCAGUUUCCGACGGAAGUGGAGAAGAAAUGCAGUAUUUGUCAAGAAGAGUUUGAAGCAAAUGACGAGAUGGGGAGGCUGGGCUGCGGCCACAGCUACCAUGUUUACUGCAUCAAGCAGUGGCUUUCUCAGAAGAACGUUUGCCCGGUUUGCAAGACCGCUGUCACCAAGACUUGAACAAGUCCCGACCCCGGGCUACACCUAUUGUGUACCUGGGUGGACCUAAAAUGAAAAGUUUCACUUUGUUGCGUCUUGUACAGUCCGUUACAUGUAUUAUUAUUGUCUAAACACAUCGUCCAUUCUUUUGCAUUUCCAGAUAGAAAUGCCAUAUUGCGGCCAUCUUUUAUCAAACAUAUGGGUUCUGAUGCGCUCCUUUAAGAUGA